AUGGGAAAAUCCAAUAGUAAACUCAACGAAGACGAACUGAGGGAGUAUAAAGGAUUUUUAAAAGAUUGUCCUUCCGGUGAACUUGACAAAAUCGAGUUUCAAAAGAUAUACAAACAAUUUUUUCCUUUUGGUGAUCCCUCCCGAUUUGCUGAAUAUGUUUUUGAUGUAUUUGAUGAAAAUAAAAAUGGAAAAAUAGAGUUCAAGGAGUUUAUAUGUGCCUUAUCUGUUACUUCCCGAGGAAAAUUGGACGAGAAUAUGGUGAAACUACCUCCAGAUGAAGAUACACCAGAGAAACGUGUCAAGAAAAUAUUUAGUUUGAUGGAUAAAAAUCAGGAUGGUAAACUCAGUAUAGAUGAAUUUAGAGAAGGCUCAAAGCAAGAUCCUACAAUAGUUCAAGCAUUAAGUUUGUAUGAUGGGUUGGUGUAA